CAGCCGGACACCACUUUUUCAAUACUCCCAAACCCCGCCUACUUCCCGAACUAGAGACUACAGUUCCCGGCGUGCCCCGGUGCAGGGGAGGAGUAUCACGUGAUCCCGCUCUAGUGUUGACGUCCGCAGUUGCCGGGUGUGAUAGAUGAGCGGAGGGUCCUUGUGUCCGCGGCCGGGGCACUGUCCGGGAGGUGCGGGGGACUCGGGCCCCCUGGUGGCUGUUCUAGGAAGGACGAUCUGAACCUCAUGAGGAAUCUCAUCUGAGGCCGGAAUCGUGAGGAUCGGCAGCCAUGGACUUCCCGGGGUCGCCCCGCAGGACACUCGCCCGUCGCGGCUUCUUUUCGCAGUACACCCAUCACCACCUGGUGGUCUUCCUUCUGACCUUUUUCAGCUACGCUCUGCUCCACGCGUCCAGGAAGGCGUUCAGUAACGUGAAGGUCAGCAUCAGUAACCAGUGGACCCCGUCCGACCUAAACACCUCGGUGUAUAUCGUGGAACCCAACACUACCUGGAAUGACAAUCAUCUGUUCCCCAAUCAUGAAUCCGCCACCAUCUUUCUGGGGCUGCUGGACACAAUCUUCCUCUUCUCCUAUGCCGUGGGUCUCUUCAUCAGCGGGAUCAUCGGUGACCGGCUAAACAUGCGCUACGUCCUCACGUUCGGCAUGUGCUCCUCUGCAAUUACGAUGUUCGUGUUCGGCACGGUCACAGAAUGGCUGCACUUCUACAACAAGGUCUUCUACUGCUUGUUGUGGGUCAUCAAUGGGCUCCUGCAGUCCACGGGGUGGCCCUGCGUGGUGGCCAUCAUGGGGAACUGGUUUGGGAAAUCUGGGAGAGGGGUAGUGUUCGGACUCUGGAGCGCCUGUGCUUCUGUGGGAAAUAUUUUGGGGGCCUUCCUUGCAUCAUCAGUACUACAGUAUGGGUACGAGUACGCCUUCCUGGUGACGGCUUCGGUGCAGUUUGCCGGAGGGCUGGUUAUCUUCUUUGGUCUGGUGACCACACCGAAAGAACUGGGUCUGCCUGAUGCCGGAGAGGAGGAGAAUGAGAGCGAAGGGCAGGAGGAGGAGGUGAACCGACCCCUGAUCAGUGACGAUACGGAGGGGGACAGCGAGGUCACUUACUCAAUUCAGGCUCCUGACACCCUCAGCGAGACCAAAGCGAUCGGCUUCAUACAGGCCUGCUGCUUACCUGGAGUAUUACUGUAUUCUCUGGCCUACGCCUGUCUGAAGUUGGUGAACUAUUCCUUCUUCUUCUGGCUCCCCUUCUACCUCAGCAUUAACUAUCACUGGAAGGAGGCUGAGGCCGAUCAGCUGUCCAUCUGGUACGACAUCGGAGGAAUCAUAGGUGGCACUGUCCAGGGACUUAUUUCUGACUUGAUAAAGCAGAGGUCCCCCGUUCUGGCCGUCAGUCUGCUGCUUGCCGUGGGCUCUCUGUUCGGAUACAGCCGCUCUCCGAACAGUAAGCCGAUAAACGCGGUCCUCAUGACCAUCACAGGGUUCUUUAUCGGGGGCCCCUCAAACAUGAUCAGUUCGGCAAUCUCCGCGGAUCUGGGGCGGCAGGAGAUGGUAAGAGGCAGCAGCGAGGCUCUGGCCACAGUCACCGGCAUCGUAGACGGAACAGGCAGCAUUGGAGCCGCUCUGGGACAGGUUUUGGUGUCUGUGAUACAGGGCAGCCUGGGCUGGAUUUGGGUCUUCUAUUUCUUCAUCCUUAUGUCAGUGAAGUCUCCUAGCAGCAAGCGCCGUUCUGUAUGAUUUUGUCACUAGGAGCCGUUCCAUAUCGUCUCCGUCCUGACUGUAAUGAGGGGAGAAAUGUCAAAAAGCCCAGAAUGGCUGCUCCGCAUUAAUUCAGGAGUCACCCAGCAGCACCUACGUCUCCGCCGGGAGAACAUCGGCAGAUGAAGGAGAGAGAGAAGAACAUCGAGGGGCUUUGGAACUAAGUAGAUGGAUUAUAUCAAAUUUCACACAUUUUUUAUUAUUAUUUUUUUUAUAUUUGUGGUGGCCCAGUACAGGAGUUGCACCCCUGUACCCUAGCUGCCCUGUCUAGCAGACUCCAUCCUGUGAACCCUGGGCCCCCCUUCACUUAUGUCUUGUAUAUAUCACCUCCAGUGCCUAUGUUAUCUAAUCUAUUGUACAUAUAAUGUGUUAUACCUUUAAGAGAUGUUGUCAUGUGAUUGUAACCAGGGAAGGUACCAGUGACCAUGUGACCUACAGGGUGACCUAAGGGACCCCUCAAGAGUCUCCCCCAUAUAAGCCCUGGGUGAAGCCUCUGUUCUCUCUCUUCCUGCUUAGCUGAGUUGCAGUACGGUCAAGUCCUUAAAGUGUGUCUGGAGUCCAGAGGAGGCCUAAAGUCUACCACACAGCCACAAGUCUAUAAGUCCACUACCCCCCAGGUCCAAGUCAAAACCUGGUAAGCUACAAAUGGGGUAUAGUUAGUCUCAGUCAAGUCAGUCCAAGCCAAUCUGUCUCAAGUCAAAUUGUCCAAGUCCACUAUAAGACCCAACAAGCCCUGUGAUCUCUUAAUUCACUGGUCACCCCUUUGGGCCUAGCCAAGCUGUAUAGAAUGUUACACCUGUCUGACUCAGUAAAGCUGCCGUUGUUCCUUGGCGUUGGAGUUGUUAUUUGCCCCCGUGCCUAGCCCAGGAUCCAGUGGCCUACCCUCGGGUGGUGAAGCGGUUAAACCACGCCCUGGGGUCACGAACACAAGGGGUUAAUGCCAUCUGCCACUAGGGUAAUUCUAUCUGACUUGCAUCACAACCUCACCACAUUUUCAUUUUUUAUUAGAUCUUUUUCUAUUUUGUCUUUUUUUUUUUUCCUGCCUUUUUACCUCUAGGGUAUCAAUGUUAUUGAGUUCACUCUCCCAGCAUGCUUUGCCUACCUGGUAUAAUGCCAACAUCUCUUAUUGGUUCAAUGCUGAUAUUUAAAGAAGCCAAAGCGGGCGCUGCCAAUUCCUCCAAGUAUACGGACGAUCUUGACAUCUGCAUAGAUUAUAUAACUUAACCCUGUGUUGACAUGUGUUCUGCAUAAUUUAAACCCGAGUCACACCCUCCCUUGUACUUUUGGCACACACCAGCUCACACGCUAUAUUUAUAAUCCGUGUUGGCUCAAGUCCAAUGAGAAUUAAUAGUUCAUGUAAUAAAGCCGCUCGGAGGAAGACUCCGGCAACAGGGCAGAACAAGAGGAGCUGCUCUUAGAUGUCGAGUCUAUAUACAGUUAGUAGCAAAGGAGGACAAGAGGUUUCCCUGACACUGCUCUAUUAUCAGGAUAUUCCA